CGCGCCAUUCUCUCCGGACGCAUCUGGGAGGUGUGUGGCGCAGGAGGAUUUUCCCCGUUGUCGACUGCCUAACUCGAGCCAUCAUGGCGGAGUUUGCGGGACAUGAUGGCAGCGGUGCUGUCAGCAAGGGGGGCGAGCUGGAGAAUCCCGGAGAAGGGGCGGAGAGCGAGGAGGAGGACGUGUUUGAAGUGGAGAGCAUCCUGGACUCCAAGAUUGAAGGGGGGGAAGUGCUGUACCGUGUGCGCUGGAAGGGAUACGAUUCUGAGGGAGAUACCUGGGAACCAGAGGCCCAUCUUGAUGACUGUAAAGAGGUUCUCCUUGAAUUUAGACGGAAACAAGCAGAAAGUAAGCAGAAGGCUACUAAGAAGGAGACACUGCUGAAAUUGAAUGAACUCUUUGAUGCAGAUUCUGACAGUGACUCCCAGCAUAGCACAAAAGAUGAAGCUACCCAGAAAAAGAAGUUGAAGGAGGAAGAAGACAAAAAGCAGCAAGAUGACACAAAAAAGAAGUCAAAAUCUGGAAAAAACAAAGAAAAGUCAAAGUCCGAAGCGGAACCAUCUGAAAACCAACUUGUUGACACCAAGUCAAAGAGAAGAUUAUCGGAAAGCACAGAGGACCACAGUAGCAAGAAGUCAAAAAAGGAAGAGUCGAAGAAAUCCAAGAAGGAGGACAGCAAGGAUGGUAAAGUGAGGAAUAAAGAGGAACAUAAAGAGAAAAAAAUUAAGAAGGCUCCUGAGCUGGAGCAGACUGAAAAACCGCAAUCUCCAGAACCUGAGGUAAAUGCUGGGGAUAUAAGCGGGGAAGGUCUUGUGGAUGAUGGAGAUAAGCAGGGUCAGGAUGAGGUCAUGAAAAGCCAGGAAAUGCUGGUGGAUGCUCCAGAAGAACAGGCUGCAACAGGUCCUGUGGAUGUGGAGACUGGUAACAUGAAAUUGAAAAAAAAGAAAAAGAAACACAAGAAAAAAGCUGAGCGAGUAGAGGACGUAAAGGCCAUGUCCAUUGAUGAAAGCCACGUGGAGAAAAAGAGUCUCCUGAAAAAGCAAAAGUCUGUUGAUAAGGUGAAGGAGGCAUCCACUGCAGAGAAGCUGCCAACUUCAAUCCAAAAAACCUCCAGACCAAGUACGGAAGACAAGGGACGGAAAUCUUUGGAAUUCUUGACAGAAAAUAAAGAAGCAAAAAAAUCUGAGCUGUCCAAAGAAAAGCCCAAAAAGAAGCACGACGCUGAAAAGGAUGCAAGGAAGGAGCCAAAAGUGCUCAAGCAUAUCAAGGAACAGAAAGUUGUGCAUGAUGCCUUCACAAUAUCUGCUGAGGACCGGGAGGAGUGUAUGGAGAGUACGAAGAAGAAAGAAGACACAUCCUUUGACUAUAGACUUUCAGAAGAUUAUAAGAUGAAGGAUAUGAAAUCAACCGUCAAAGAGAGAAGAAGUACACAAGAUGAGGCCGAUUCCUGGACAUUUGGAACAUCAGAAGGAGAUCAGGAGGUUAUGGAUACCAUGUGUCAUCUGCAGGAGAGCUCGGGAGCUUUAGACAGCAGGUCGCAUAUCAUGGGUGUGGGAAUGGACCUGCAGUUGGAGUGGAUGACGCUGGAGGAUUUUCAGAGGCACCUUGAUGGAUCUGAUGAAAUUAUCCCAAAAGACCCAAUCUCCAAUAGCGCAUUGAAAGAAGCAGUAAAAAACAGUGACUACUUGACUGUAAAAUAUGCACUUAAUUCCAAAGAAUCGUAUAACUUGGAUCUAGUGGAUGCAAGUGGGAUGACUCUAGUCAUGAUGGCUGCGGCUGCAGGGCAGGAUGACAUUUUAAGGCUUCUGAUAAAGAAGGGAGCGAAAAUCAAUUGCAGGCAAAGGAACGGGACGACAGCCCUAAUUCAUGCAACUGAAAAAAAUCACCUGACGACAGUGGCUCUGCUAUUGGAAGCCGGGGCUUUUGUGAAUUUACAACAAGUGACUGGAGAAACCGGCUCUGAUGAAGUCUUGUAAAAGGGAAAUGUUGAUGCUGUGCGACUCUUGAUAGAACAUGGUGCUGACUGUAAUAUACUGACUAAGCACCAGAACAAUGCUUUACAGUUCGCCUAACAAAGCGAUAAUAUCGUCUUUGAGUUACUUAUGGCCAUUUGCAAAAGUAAGCUCUCCAGAGUGGUAGAAGAUGCGAUAAAGGAUUAUUUUGAGGACCGUCUUGUGGUGCUCGAGCCGGUUUUCCCAAUUGCCUGUCACAGGCUUUGCGAGGGGACCAGAUUUUUCUUUAGAUUUUAAUUAUAAACCCCGUUUAACAUACCAGAAGAAUCUGGAAUUCUUUUGUGUUUUCAUGCAAACUUCUUUGGUAUGGAAGUGGUGGUUCGGCUCUGUGGCCGUUGCUGCGUCCAGGCUGUGGUGCUGAAUGACAAAUUCCAGCUUCCAGUAUUUCUGGAUGCUAACUUUAUUUAUUCCUUCAGCCCUGUCCCUGGCGCUAAUAAACUUUGUAUAAGACUAUCUGAGGUACCUACUGCAAAGGUGAAGCUGCUGAUUUGUGCGUACAGAGUACAGCCGAAAUAACUGAAGAGCAUGGCGCCCUCUCCAGUUUUAGGGACUGCACUUCCACUGCAAACAAUAAAAAAGGGGCAUGUCUGGCAGGACAGCCCAAUCCUCGCCCCCUCCCCGCCGUGAAUUUACUAGACGUACCAUGUACAGUAGAAUAUUUUAUCUUAUGGUCAUUCCUGUUAAUGUUUCUGUGCUGUGGUGCCGGGGUUCACGUUAGUUUUGAUCUUGUGUGUCAGUACAAAGAUCCCUGUAACACAAAUCUCCAAUGAACUGAUGAGCA